GAAAGGAACACAAAGAAACACAAUAUGAAGGCCAGAAGUAACACAACGCGAACAUCUAUGCAAAUGGUUCGUUGAAUAUAAGUUAUACAUAAUUUGGCCAUAUAGAGAUACUAAUUUUCAAGUAAAUAUUCCUUUACCAAGUCCUUCAUCCUCUACCGUUAUAAUGGCGCAGAUUCAUUCACUCCUUGUGUUUUAUAAUAUCCAACAAAAUUUUGUUGUUCUUCAGUAUUACUAUUUUGUUUGCCUCAUAUAUCUGUUUAUUAUCUAUCUUUUUAAUCUCGCUUCUCUUGUUUUGUGUGUGCUACAUGGAGUGUGACAAUUCGAACUGCUGCACAUUUGUGCAAAGUUGUACAUUAAAUCCAGUACUGUCAUACUUCAAGUAUUUCAGUAGUCUUCCAGUCGGAGAAAAACACCUUAGAGGAUUUUGGUUGACUUUCUUUUUUAUGACACUUUUUCCUUCUUUUUACCUUAUUAGAAGGUGACUGAUUGAAAUUUUAAUCCGCGUCCUGCGAUGUGUUCGUUAAUAUUUUAGUAGUUAUUUAUUCAUGUAUAUAAUACCUGCUAAAAUAUCUAAAGUGAAUCCAUCACACUCGUUUUGGUACUUGGGCUUCUUGAAUGGAUGCCCUUAUAUUAUCAGGAUCGACAAGUCGGAGUUAAUUGUUUGGUUUUGGUUGGCGUUAAGAUCCAGGACACACAUUUCCUCUGGUUUGGGGCUCGUGAGCUGGAUGUUUUGCUUCCUACUGAGUAAAGGUUUCCUCAAUGAGACGAACCAGCACCCACUGCUACAAACACCGAAGCUGAGGAUGAAAUGCAUAUCCUGAAUUCCAUUGAACAAGUAACUUCAUGAUUGUCCAGAUAGAUACUUUUUUCUCUGUUUUCCCGUAAAGGAUCAUACAAGUUGUGCUUUUUGACUCCUGUAAUCCCAAUUCUGUUGCGAAUUCACCAAAUUUAUAUAUUCAUGGGCUCACAUAAUGGUUGUGAAAUGGUGGAGUGGCCGAGAGGUCUAAGGUUGUGAAAUCAACCUUCAUUUUGCCAGGUGUUGUUAACAUUUAUUAGCUCGGUUCUAAGUGUAAGAGUAACCUGUGUAUUAUUAACCCCAAUUUCUAAAAGACGCUCCUCCACGAUGAUGCAUAGCAAUUAGACGUUGACUAACCUUGUGGUCUUUUAUGCAAUAAUUGUACAAAUUUAAUUGGAUACUAAUUGUUGAUGUAAUUUCCUUGGGAUAGCCUUUGUUGGAAGCAGUAUUUCUAUAUCCUUGAAAUUGUUUCCUAAUGACGGGUAAAUAAUGGUCAUGUUAACUGCUGAAUAAUCUGAAAUUCUUGUAUAGAUUCUUACUCACUUUAUGGUUACUCAGUUUACUCCAGGUAUUCUUCUUUUUUAAUAGAUUGGCAAAAGGAGUGUUUGAGUAUGACGGCUGUAGCAAACGGUGCCAAUCUUGUUUACAGUCUGCCAACAAGUGGAGGCAAGACAUUGGUCGCAGAAAUUCUUAUGCUCAAAGAACUUCUAGUUCAUGGCAAAAGUGUACUUUUUAUUUUACCAUUUGUCUCAAUAGUUCAAGAGAAGGUUCGAUCACUCACUCCAAUGGGUUUGGAACUUGGUUUCUGGGUUGAGGAAUACGCCGGAAAUCGCGGACGAAUCCCUCCAGUAAAACGCAAAGGAUCUUAUUCUGUUCUUAUGGCUACUAUUGAGAAGUCGCAUACUAUAGUAAACUCUUUGAUUGACACAAAGUCAUUGGACACUUUGGGAUUGGUUAUUGUAGAUGAGCUGCAUAUGGUCGGUGAUGGUGGACCGCGUGGCGCGUGCCUGGAAAUGGUUCUGACUAAAUUGCGAUUAGCUUCUCCUACCACUCGUAUCAUUGGCAUGAGUGCUACACUCGCCAAUAUAUCUGAACUAACUGGUUUUUUAAGCGCAGAAUUGUAUGUCAACAACUUUCGUCCUGUCAAGUUGGUUGAAUAUGUAAAAGUCGGUGAUCAUGUGUACGAGAUUACACCCAAGAAGUUUCCUACAUCUAACUCUGAAGAUAAUGAUAUUUCUGAUAGGAUGACUCAUCGUCGAAUGGUAGACUUUCAGUAUACAAAGAAGAUGAUUUCUCGAGAUCCAGAUCAUCUAGUUGCACUUGUUGCAGAAACUCUGCUUGGUCAUUCAAUGGAUGAUUGGUGCAGUAACCGACUUUUCCAUUCAUCAUUUAAUCGAUCAUCUAAACACAGAUUUUCUUGUCUAGUAUUUUGUCCAACUAAGGUCCAUUGUGAGAAUACGGCCAGAAUGUUGGCAGAACUUCUACCAAACUCAGCAUGUUUCCCUCACUCAAAUGAUGAAGAUUAUACAGUAGAGAAAAAUAUUGUUGAACAGAGAUCACUAUUACUGGAAAAUUUGCGUCUUGAUAAUGUAAUUGAAGCCAAUAAUAGGGAUGGUCCAAAAGAAAAGCCUCAAGCUUGUUGUCCAGUGUUGGAGUUUACAGUUCCAAAAGGAAUAGCCUAUCAUCAUAGUGGACUUACACAGGAAGAGAGAAACGCACUUGAAACAGCAUAUAAUGAAGGAGUUCUCCGGGUGUUGUGUUGCACGUCCACAUUAGCUGCCGGUGUAAACCUACCAGCUAGAAGGGUGAUUAUUCGAAAACCCUAUAUCGGUAGCUUAUUCUUAUCUGGUACACAAUAUCAACAAAUGGUUGGACGUGCUGGUCGAGCAGGUUUAGAUACUGUCGGUGAAAGUAUUACAAUAUUACAAACAAAUGAACUAAUACCAUUCGCCCAUAUGUUAUCUAGUAUACCUCAACCAUCAUUGGAUCCUAAGGAUGUUGAGGUGAAUAAUCAGUCAGUGGGUUUGUGCAAUAGUAGUUUGUUGUAUGAGAAUGGGAAGGGUUUACGACAACUUAUACUCUCACUAAUUGGUCUAGAGCUAGCUGUUACGUAUGCAGAUAUUCUUUGGUCAUGUGAAAAAACUUUAUUGGCUACACAACCUCGUUUAUAUCAACCUGAUAGUUUUGAAGAUCUAGUUCGUCUUGAAUUAAAUUCACUAGUUAAAAUGGAACUUGUUGUAAUUGUCCCAACUGAUGCCUUUUUAAACAAGACAAAACCUGAUUUAGAAACAAAUGUUGUGCUAGAGAAAAGUCGAUUCCAGGCAACGAAGUUAGGUAGAGCAUCAGUGAAAGGUGGAAUUGAUACAGAUCGUAUUGGGUCUUUGGUGUCAGAUUUACGUGCAGCUGCCAGAGCGAUCAAUACUAGUGGCCCCUUACAUUUUCUCUACUUAAUUGCACCACCUGAAGUUGUAGAUACUAUUCAAAUUGAUUGGAGUCUUCUUUUUGAUCGUGUCAAUCUUAUACCACAGAACGAAACCAAUUUAGUCAAUCUUUUAGGAUUUCCUGAAGGCUAUAUUCUAUGGAAAGCAACUGGAUAUCCCAUAAAACGAAAACUAGAUGAACGACCACUUCGUCGGUUAUAUAUAGCACUAGCUCUUGCUGAUUUAUGGCACAAUAGUUCAAAUUUUCCAAUAUGGUUUGUAGCUGAACGUUAUAAGCUUUCACGUGGUGCUCUUCAGUCCUUACUGAGUUCCGCUGCAUCAAUGGCUAACUCAUUGGCACAUGCAUUAAUUAGCGAAUUUUCAAAUGAUUCAGAAUUAUGGGCUUUUGCGCAUCUGCUCCCCGAAUUCGCUACAAAACUGGCGUAUUGUGUUUCGAGUGAAUUACUACCAUUAAUGGAGUUGCCAGGAGUAAAGAGGGCUAGAGCCCGGCAGUUGUACAGUCUAGGCUACUGUACUCUUAAAGAUAUUGCAUGUGCCAAUGUUUCUGAUCUCACCAGUCGUAUGGCCCCAUUUUUAUCCAGACGUGUGGCCAAAGAGAUGAUACAAGCUGCUCAAAUGUUGGUAUCAGAGAGAGCUGAUGCUCUUUUCCAAGAAGCAAGCGAAAUGCUGUCUGGAAUUGAAAAUAAAAGUCUACUUUCGCAAAUCGCUAAUUGCUUCAAGUUUAAGUCAUUUCCUCAGAAUGUGAUCAGCCCAGCCAAUGGACAUGGCGUCAGUUCCUCUAAUGUAGGUGUGGAAGAAGAUGACGAUUUAUUUGCAUAAUACCCAAAGUGAUAAUGAAAUUUUUGACGCAAAAAUUCACUUUUUUUCCUUCAAAUAACUGAUCUCUAUAUAUUUUUCCUUGAAGUAUUUUGUCUUUCAAAAUGAUGUAAUUUGAUCUCAUCCUAAAUUUUUAUUUGACAAAUGCGUUUGAUUUUUAAUAAAUGUUAUUUUCCAGAAACAGAAAAA